AUGCAGAGUAAUCCAGAUGCCCGCGUCGACAAUGCUGACGCGGAGAGUAAUCUGACCUCUGUGGAAGUUUCUCUCAUUGACGAUUGGCAAAAUUUUAGGGAUGAUGAUGUUAUGCAACAACAGUCGGAUAUCCAAGCAGUUGAAUCAGAGAAAAUUCCAUUUGUUGGGGACAAGGAGCCCCUUUCUUCAUUAGCUGAUGAAUACAAGACAGGAAGUCCAAUUUUGCUUGAGAAAAUAAAGAUAUUGAAUGAGCAAUAUGCAGCAAUCAGGCGAACAAGGGGUGACGGGAAUUGCUUUUUCCGAAGCUUCAUGUUUGCAUACCUUGAGCAUAUAAUGGAAUCUCAAGAUAAAGCUGAGGCUGAUCGAAUCAAAGCUAAUGUUGAACAGUGCAGACUGACGCUGCAGAAAUUGGGUUACACUGAAUUCACCUUUGAGGAUUUCUUUGCAUUGUUCCUUGAGCAGCUUGAUGAUGUUAUUCAGGGCAGCGAUGCUUCUAUAAGUCACGAUGAACUUGUACAGAGGAGUAGGGAUCAGUCAGUAUCUGAUUAUGUGGUAAUGUUCUUCAGGUUUGUUACCUCCAGUGAAGUUCAGAAACGAUCUGAUUUUUUUGAACCAUUUAUUCAAGGGUUGACAAGUGCAUCGGUACAGCAGUUUUGCAAGACUGCGGUGGAACCAAUGGGUGAAGAGAGCGACCAUGUUCACAUCACUGCACUUUCAGAUGCAUUAGGGGUUCCCAUUCGUGUUGUAUAUCUUGACCGCAGCUCCUGCGACAAUGGCAGUGUCAGUGUAAAUCAUCACGACUUCGCUCCUGCCGGUAAUGAUCAACCCAGUGCUCAAAAUGGUAGCCUGGAGGCAAUAUCUCCAUUCAUUACCUUGCUAUAUCGACCUGGCCAUUACGAUAUCCUGUACUCCAAGUGA